GCGAGUAUCCGUCGACCGAGUCGGUUCCCCCGCUCUGCUGUUCGGUGGUAGUCACGGUUAAAAGUUUUCAGCAGAUAAACUGGCCGGAGGAGGCGGUUGCCAGAGAACGAACCUAGGAAAAGUACCAGUUGCGAAAGAGAAGAGAAGAAGCUUUAAAGAGAAAAGUGUUUAUUUGCGGCGAAAUCCUAGAAGCAAGUUAAAUUUAUUGUCCACUUGACGUACGUUAUGGUCCGUGUUUGUAAUUGUGAAUCAAGCUAAACGACUAGAAGCAACCAUGCCGCUAUACUCAGAGCUGUAUUACAACUACAUCGGCAAUGCGCCGAUCAUUCCGUCUCCGCUAUCAUCGUCCAUUUUGACGUCCUGCAACUACGCACCUCCAAGCUACGUUGGAGUGUCCCGAGGAUUUCAUAGUCCCAUCAUCGUAGGUCGAACACCGUCCUUUACCCGGGGCUACAUCCCGAAACUCACUCCCAUCACAGAGACUCCGCUCAUCUCGGCCCGUGUAACGGCCUUGACGCGAGCCAACUCGUCCAAGUAUCAUCCUCACACUUCACCGACCUACCAGAAGCCACGACGUGUCAUCAACACCGCAGACAUCGAUGUCUCAGCCAGUCGCUAUGUACGAGAUCACACUCCAAAACGGUUCCUCCCAUCAUCUCCAACCUCAUCCGCGUCACCGGAUCGUAACAAUAACAUCACCAGCACCUCCAUUUCCACCUCCUGCACCACUUCCUCCAUAUCCUCGCCCACAACAACCACAAUUAGCGCCCGGGAGCAGGAGCUCAUGGACCGCGUUGAACAACGCAGGCAAAGAUCCACCAUCAAUCGUAACCGGACCGUCGUUCGGCUCAACACAAUCCGUGCCCGGAGCAAGUCUCGCGGCAGUCGAGGCAGCACCGAACGGAAAUCUCCCCACCGAUCGCCAGAUCCGGAACCGUCCUUCGAAGAAGAAAUGCUACUCUACAAGGAACCACAAGCCAAGAAUACCUCAUGGAGGGAUCAAUUCCGCGACGAACUCUUGCUGCGGCCCAAGAAGGCCGAACCCAUAAAAAGCCCCGGAGAACUACUGCUGGAGAAACAUCUCAUCCGUGAGGAUGAAGACAUGCCAAUUCUCCUGGAACAAAUCAUCGUUAGCACCUCCCCAGUCAUGAAACGCCGCGGAACGAUCCGAAGAAAGAGCGCCAUCAAAAUCCCCAGCUUCCACGAAAUCUGCGAAGACAUCAAUUCGGACAAACUGGACGACGGCCUCAACGCCGGAGAACUCCGGCGGCGAGCCUCGCAAAUCAUCGAGGACGAAAUCGCUCAAUUCCAGCAGGAACUACAAAAAGCCAACGGAAUCAUCAACGACGACCUCGAAGAACGGCUGAAGGAUGCACUCGAACAGCAGAUCGUCGAGUCCUCCGUCAUCGAAGUCCCUGAAAAGAAGAAACAGAAAAAGAUCAAGCGAACCAGAACGAAACCACUACCGAAGAUCGACGUCGACUACAAAGUGGUGUACGAUCAGGUGGACGCCAAUGGCGCCCCCAUCAAAAUCACCAUGGAUUCACCGAUUAUCGAGACUUCAGUGCCGCCGAAGAUAAUGGCCGAAGUGGAAUUGAUCGAAGAAUGUACCGUACUGAAUCUGCCCAAUAAAAAGAAGCGAGCAGACGGCUACUCCAGUCCGGAAACCACUCCAAAGAAAACAGAUCAAGGGACGCUAUCCGCGCCUCCACUGCAAAAGAUCGAAGUGCUUAUCAUUGACCUACCCGAACCGAAUUUUGUGCCGAUGAAACCAGCGGUACAAGAACCCACAAGAAAGAUUGAACAAACGAAACCACCGGCAGCGAAGAAACCGGAACCACCGGAGAAAAGGGUGCUGAGCGAUUUGGCCGAGAGAAAGAAGACUUUGGAGCUGCAGAAGAAGAUGGAGACACUGGCGAAACUCACCGAGCGGAAGCUUCCGGCUGAGUCAAUCCCCGCCGUCACUACUACGUUGGAAUACAACAAGAAGACUGAGCUAAAGCAAACAAGUCAAGCUGACGCGAAAAGUCAGCCCAAGGAGGAGAUUAAACCCAUGGAAAAGACUGAGGAAAAAGUGAAGGAGCUUGCUAAAGUGGCACUUCCCAAACCAUUUGUGCCUGUUCCAGCUGAGAAGGCCAAAUCGGUGGCAGCAGACGCUACCAAAACUCUUGACCCAACGACACAAAACAAAUCAACCCCGAAAGUCCCCGAUCCGUCAAAGGAUCCUCCGAAAUCGGUAGAUCAGGAAGCGUUGAAAAAGUGUACCACCGAGUCAGAUUCUUCCAAAAAAGCUGCAGUUGAAGUGCCUCCAAAACCGGCUCUACAGUUGAAAAAACCAGCCACGGAGGGAUUGGAUUCUCCCAAAAAGGUUGCAAUUGAAAGGCCUCUGGAAUCGGUACCUCAGGAAACGGCUAAGCUUCCAUUGAAGAAGUCUACCGGUGAGCCAGCUUCUUCCGAAAAAGUUGUAGCUGAAACACUUAUGAAGGAUCCUUCAAAAUUGGUACCCAAAGAACCUUCAAAACUUCAAAUAAAGUCUACCGUGGAGCCGGAUUCUUCCAAAACAGUAUCAGUUGACAAACCUACUACGGAUCCUCCGAAAUCGGCAGCCCAAGAACCAUCCAAACUUCAGACCAAGAAGUCUAUCGCAGAACCGGAUUCAUCAAAAACAGUCGCAACUGAAACACUUUCAAUGUAUCCUCCAAAACCGGUGGCCCAAGAACCUUCCAAACUUCUGUUGAAGAAGUCUUCCACGGAGCCGGAUUCUUCCAAAAAAGAUACAGGAGAAACGCUUUUAAAAGAACCUCCGAAAUCGGUAGUCCAAGAACCUUCUAAAAUUCAAUUGAACAAGUCUACCAUGGAACCGGACUCAUCCAAAACAGUUGAAGCGCCCGAAGCGCCGAAAAAGACGGAAGUCCCAAUUCCAAAGCAGGUGCCCUCUGUCGCAACUCUCCCGAAGAAACAGAUUCCAAAGCAGCUACCACCAGUUCCGGACCUCCCGAGCGAUUCCUCCCAGCCAACGACUCCCACAAAAAUACUCAAGAAAGCAACCGACAACAAAACACAGCCACCAGACUCCCCCAAGUCUCCGAAAUCCUUCGCCAAACCCGACGAAGCUGUUCCGAAGGCGACGGCGAUGACGACUCCGGAGCAGCUUCCCAAGGUGGUUCCCGAAGUGGCGAAACCAAAACAACCGCUUCUCAAACCGGUUGCAGUGCGUAAGAAGACGGUGGAUCUAAAUCUUCUCACCCAGCAGCAGCAGGAUGAACAGGACUUCUGGGGCAACAUGAAAACGCGGGAAACGGUCGCGUUCGCGCGCCGGAAGGAACACAUCGAGCGAAAGAACCAGAUGAUUAUGCUCAAGUUUUGGGAACAGGAGGACGAGAACACCGGGGAAGAAGCGCAGAAUGGUUCGCCACCGCCGAACGAGAAGUCGAAGGUUAUCACUACGAAGGUGAUGACGUCUCCUGUGACGGUAGGAAUAGAAAUGCCACAGUGGCCGAAGCCGAUGGAAGAAGAGGACGUUUCCACUGAGGUCGUUGCAAGAAAGGCGUUCGAAGUAACGCCAGUAAAGCUGGAAGAUCUCAAGAAGAGUACAGCGGUGGAGGAAUCUCCGAAAGAGGUUCCGAAGUUUGGAUUAAGAAAAGUACAAAAGCUUGAGGAAUCUCCGGAGGGAAGUCUUAAAAAAAUGACAGGGCAAGAGAAGAUGGAAACAAAGGACAAUCUUAAGAAGAUUUCUUCAGCAGACUUUAACGAAUCGCAAAAAACUAAAGAUCCUCAGGAGACAGCUACCAAGGCAGGUUUUCUCGGACUUAAAAAUGCCCCCGUGGCAGACAAAAUUAAGAAUAAAGAGUCAACCGAGGAAGCUUCCAAAGCAGGCUUCGUCGGUCUCAAAAAAGUGGUAGAGUCCAAGGAAGCUCCGAUCGAGGAUGCUCCCAAAACGGGUUUCUUCAGUCUGAAAAUGACUCCCGCGGUAGAAUCGAAAGAACCUCCAAAGGAGUCAACUAAGACUGAAGAAUCACCGGAAGAAUCUCCCAAUGCAGGAAUCAUCAGUCUUAAGAAGACCCCAGUGGUGGAAUCCAAGGAAGCUCCAAAGGAGCCGCAAAAGACUUUGGUUUCAAAAACUUCUCCAAAGACAAAAGAACCACAGGGAGAAGCUCCAAAAGCAGGUUUCUUCGGCCUCAAGAAGACACCUGCGCCUGCGGCGGAGGCGAAGGAUUCCGCAAAAGAACCACAAAAGACUAAAGAACUACCGGAAGAGCCUCUCAAAGUAGGUUGCUUCGGUCUCAAGAAGACCCCAGCUGUGGCGGAGACUAAGGAAGUCCCACCAACUCCAAAAGACUCUGAAUCGAACAAGCUUCUUGUUCCAGCAGGUCAAGAAUCACCUAAGAUGCUAAUCAAUCAAAAACUAUCGCCAAAGGAGAUGAUCAAAGCCAUAGCGCCUACGAUCGCCGCCGAAGCGGAAAAGAAAAUGGCACAGGUGCAGAAAGUUCCCAAGAAAACUUCGCCGGUCAAACAGGAAAAGCCAACCGCCGCCAUCAAGCAGGAAGCUGCCCCGAAAGGGAAACAACCCGAGCCGCAGGCGGCCGUUGAACCCAAGCAAUCGUUAGCCGGAGCCGAAGCAGGUGUCGUAGCAGGAGCCGAAGCGAAGAAAACGACGACGAAGAUUGUGAAAAAAGUGAUUAAGGUGGUGAAACCGAAGGGGCAAGCGGAUGCAGCAGCCAAGGCCGAAGCGGACCGGCUCGAAGCCGAACAACGCCGGAAAGCGCAGGAAAAUGUCGAAAAAAUGAAAGCCAAAGUAAACCAGAUUACGCUCAAUAUGGGUGCGAAGCUUGACGUGGAGAUUAAGGAAUGUGCCAAGUGCCAACAGGCGUCACUAUCGGAUAAAACGGCGGUGCUUCCUGUAAACAAACCGACGGCUACAGCGAAGAAGCCAUCAACCGCCGAUGAUAAGCCGAAGACGGAAGGGGGAAAGCUGACGAAGAAUAAAUUUGGCGUCGUGUCCAAUUUAAGUAAUCUAUCGGUGGCGAACGCUAGUAAUCAAUUAGUUAGCAACCAGGUGUCAACGGGCGCGGAUCAGCAACAGAAGAAGAAGAAACCUCAGCAAUCGAAUCAAGUGAAUCGGAACCGGCGGUACUCUUCCAGCAGUAACGAGGAAGACGAGGAAGAUACUGCGGCUUCGGAGACAUCGUUUUCAGGCAUCGAGGACGACUGGUCAUCAGACGGGGAGGAAGAAGACGAAGACAUGGCCAACGACAAGCCAGAGAAGAAGAAGUUCGACCCGCAGAAGCGCGUUAAGUUGAACAUUGAGCAGAUGCGCAAAUGCUACUCCAAAGAAGAAAAAUGCCCAAUUGUGUUGGUGGCACGUCCGAGGCCUCUGUGGAAGGUGAAGCGACGCGGACACGGACACAACCGGAAGGCAGACCUCACCAGCAGCAGCAGUGGCAGCGAAGACGAGUCCGGAACCGCCACGGAUCAGACCUCGUCGGGAGCGGCGUCCACCGUGGAUACCUCGUCCGACUUGAACACCGACAGCAGUGUCAACAGCAGUCGCGGUCCCAAGAACAACAAGAAGAAACAAGUGAAAUCCGGCAGCAAAACCAGUGACGUCGGUAGUGACAUCUAUGACAAUCCGAUGGUGAUCCCGUUGCACUCGGAACCCAAGAGUUCCGUGGUUGUCAGCAGCAAGGAUGAAAACAACAACGACAGCACUGGCCAGCUGCCGGUCGACGGAGAAGAAGGUGAAAACGGUGAAAAUGACAAGAACAGUGGGAACCACGAGAUCCGAAGCACCAGCACCAGCAGCCACGAUUCGGGCUUCUACGGCGGUGGAACGGCACCGAUCAGCCCCAAGAAAGCCAUGGAAACAUCCUACACGUAUGCACAAUUUCAGAAAACGGGUAAACUCACAGCUCCGGCUACGGUGAUACCUCGUUUUAGGAAAUACAACGUUGAUGAUUUCCAUUUUUUGACUGUGUUAGGAAAGGGUAGUUUUGGAAAGGUAUUUUUAGCUGAGCUAAGGAACACAGAGUACUAUUACGCGGUGAAAUGCCUGAAGAAGGACGUCGUGCUGGAGGACGACGACGUGGACUGCACGCUGAUCGAGCGGAAGGUGCUAGCACUCGGCACGAAGCAUCCAUUUUUGUGCCACCUGUUUUGUACGUUUCAAACAGAUAGCCAUUUAUUUUUCGUCAUGGAGUACCUGAACGGGGGUGAUUUGAUGUUUCACAUACAGCAGAGCGGACGAUUCCAGGAAGCGCGGGCACGGUUCUACGCCGCCGAGAUCGUCUCCGGGCUCAAGUUCCUACAUCGGAAGGGUAUUGUUUAUCGUGAUCUUAAGCUGGACAACGUCCUUCUGGACUACGACGGUCACGUGCGGAUAGCGGACUUUGGCAUGUGCAAGCUGGAGAUCUACCUGGACCGGUUGGCGGACAGUUUCUGCGGCACACCGGAUUACAUGGCGCCUGAAAUCAUUAAAGGUCAGAAAUACAACCAAGCCGUCGAUUGGUGGUCAUUCGGUGUGCUGGUGUAUGAAAUGCUCGUCGGACAGUCACCCUUCAGUGGUUGUGACGAGGAUGAGCUAUUCUGGUCCAUCUGUAACGAGAUUCCAUGGUUUCCGCACUUCCUGUCGAAGGAUGCACUCAAACUGCUGCAGUCGCUCCUGGAGAAGGACGCCACGAUACGGUUAGGUUGUUUCAACACGAUGGACGAAGACAGCGACCUCAAGUAUCAUCCGUUCUUUGAAAGUAUUGACUGGCAGAAGCUGGAAAGAAGGGGACUGGAGCCACCGUUCAAGCCACAAGUGCGACAUCCUUUGGACACGCAGUAUUUCGACAAGCAGUUCACACGCGAGCGAGCGCGCCUGACGCCGAUCGAUCGCAACAUUCUGGCCUCGAUGAACCAGGGGCAGUUUGAGGGCUUCACCUAUACCAAUCCAAACAACACGCUAACGAAAUUGCGGAAAAAGCAACAGAAGAAAGAAAAGAAAAUGUAUUUUUGUCCUCAAUGUGGUGAUAUUAAAGUAACGUAUAAUGUAUUUUAGAAAAACCCAAAAAGAUUAGCCACACAAAAGAUUUUUCUACUAUUUUCUACACCGAUUAGCGAUUAGAGUGUAACCGUUAUAUUGUAUUGCUGUUGCGCGAACCAAACGAUUGUGUUGACACAGAAAAAAAAAAUGAGUGGUGAAGGUGUGUAAAAUUAGGAACCCCAAAAAUUAAAAAGUGAAAUUUUACGCCAAUGAAAACGAAUCUCGUUUAUUUUAUUUUAUUUAUUUUUUGCUGUUUCUAAAUGACCAAAAGUACGCAGAACGAUUUUUGGACUGCAAUUUUUACGACUCAGCACAAGCAAACGUUGACUUUUUUGACACCACAUUUUUGACAGCUGGAAAAACGAUGUUUUUAUUGUACUCCUGUGACUGAUCUAUUCGCGCGCGUACAACAACUAAAAAACCCUCACAACCUAUCGACCUCCAUACCCCGUAACUGACGCAUUUUCCCCCACUUCCAUAUACGUAACCUGAAUGUCUGUGAACCGUCAAACGAUACUCAUACCCCUUCAACAUACAAACCGUAUAUAGAACAGAGCAACUCAAACACUAAUGCAAACAAUACGAUUCUCUAUUCGACAACAAACCAACACCAACAGGACCUCCGAAAUCACUUACCACCCGAUACGCAUCGCAAGUCGCUCGUUACACGUUUACCGAAGACCACGCUACUAUUGAGACCCUGACACAUAACCCUUCCGAAAAAAACAACAACAACAAUUACAAACAAGAAGAAGCUUCCGCCUAUUUAUUUAUUUUGUUUCGCCGUCGUCGUCAUCGUCGUCGAUUUUCUUUUGAUUUUUGAAGUGUCCCCUCUUCGCUGGUGUUUAAUUUUUGAAUGUGUUGUUAAAAAAUUUCCCGAACGAAAAAAAAGCAACGUGCUAGUGUCGAACCCCUUUUUUUCCCCCUUCCGAAGAAUAUUCCGGAGCGCGGAAUUGCCGGCCCGGCUCCCACGCGCGGCUACGAUGUUAUCUCUCUACUCGCUGUAUACAAAAAAAUGACUCUUUUAUUGGUAGGAUUAGUAGCCAUUGAUUGUUGGAAACAAUGAAUGGACUCACUUUGUAUGUUGAUAUAUCUUUUUUUUUUGUGGAGAGAAAACGAAAAUCUCAUGAAGAAAGAAUUACCUGUGGACGAAGGACGAAGGAGAGAAAGACGAAAACAAGGAAAAAGCCCAGAAAAUCCCUGAUGAAAAAACAUUUGUAAACUUUAUUUCUUGCAUGGUGCAACCGAUUGUAUGUAUUAUAUUUGAGAAAAAUGAGAAAAUGGAAAAUAAAGUAAAAAUGAAUGAA